AUGCCGAGCAGGUGGCCGACGGUGCGCCAGAAGUGGACGAAGCCGUCGGCGUCGGCGUCGUCACCGCGCAGCCCCAGCAUCUCGGGCCGCAGCAGCGCGAAGCCCAUGAAGCCGAACUGCGUCAGCGCCAUGUCCAGCUGCGAGAUGCGGCCCACGCCGUGGCGCGCCGCCUGCCGCGACGCCGCGCAGUAUCGCCUGUUGGAGACGCAAGAGCUCAAUGCGGCACAGGCGCGCGCUCUCGUGGCGGCGGACAAAGGCUGGGACUUCUGGCAAGAGCCGCGAGAUCGCGCGCGCGCCGUCAUCUUCGCUUCCCCCGAGGAGGCGCCGGCGGUGGAGAGUGCGUUUCAACGACUCGGCCUCCAAUUCCACGAGAAGCAGUGGACGCCGCCGCGACCCCAUGACGGCAACCCCAUGCGGCGCGGAAGGACUGGGGUAAUGGACAUCGAUUUCAACACCUUCUACCGCCUGGAUGAGAACUACGCCGCCAACAGCGCCCUCGUCGAUGAGGUCGACUGGUACAUUCUGCCAGUGAUCAACCCCGACGGCUACGAGUAUACCUUCACCGAUGCUCGAUUCUGGCGCAAGACCCGUUCUCAGACGCCCAAUACCACCUGCAUUGGCACUGAUGCGAAUCGGAACUUCAACUUUCAAUGGGAUCUGAACACGGGCGGAGUUUGUUCGGAGACAUUUGCCGGAGUGGCGCCGCUGUCGGAACCUGAGGCUGCAGCGCUCGCCGCCUAUCUGCUGGAGCGCAACGACUCCAUCCAGCUAUAUCUCACCCUGCACAGCUACGGGGAGGUGGGACUGGCGAACAAAGCGGCCGCCGCAGUGGCGGCUGUGCGAGGCACCAACUACACAGUGGAUUACUCAUACGGGACGAGCCGCGACUGGGCCAAGGGAGUGGCUGGCAUCAAAUACUCGUACACGAUGGAGCUGCCAGCGGGCGGGUCUGGGUUCGACCCCCCGCCAGAGGACAUCGCGCCCGUGGUGACGGAGACCUUCGAGGCCAUCAAGGUGUUCGCGGAGGCCGUCGCUGCCAGCGGCCGCUCCUAGCCGACCUCCGGCCGCCCCUGCGCGCGGGCCCUCGGGUCACUUGAAUUGAAUUUCGAAAUUUUAAAAUUGUACAAGACUUGUAGGACCAUAUAUUUCCGUUCUAAUAAAUACUUUCCAAAUGUUUGCAGAAAUAAUUUGUUUUCGUUUGCCUGUGAAUAAUACCACUGCAUAUUACGAACUAUGUAAAUAACUUGCACGGAAUCUUUCUUUCCGUGCCCUUCGUCGAUAUACUUUGAAUUAUCAGAAGAUUUGUGAAGACAAUGAAUGAUUCUGAUUUAAAUGGUUGUUUAAUAAAACAUUAUUUUGUGAAAUGUAUGAAAAAUUGUUUUUUAUUAUACAAUAAAUUAUAUAAACAGUAUGUUCCA